CUAAAAAGGAAGAUAUUUUUGGAUAUAAUCACAGAAACGAAGAAAAAAGAUUUGGAAAUUAACAUUACUGAAAAAAUACUUUUUUUGUGCUUGCAACUGAAUGAGUGGAUUCUGUCACUUUAUUGUGUUGUGAUUUUCCCUCAGUAUUCCCAUAUAUUUUAAAUGGAGUCACCUAAAGAAAAUCUACCGAUGCGUGACAGGCGGCGUUUUUAUACUGAAAGUCCGAAAGAAAAACCGACAAGGUAUUCAUCUCGUCGUGGUGAUACAAAAGAAAAUGAAAUCUUGGAUUUGAGAAGCCCGAUACGACCUACAAAUGACCUUGACUCUGAUAAAAGGGGGAGAAGAUGGUCACAGUCCAAAUUCAACAGUAAAGAAUACACAAGCAAAGACGAAGAGACGAGGGUUCCUUUGCGGAAACGAGCCACAGAUUCAGACGAUGAUUGCUUGACAGUUGAAGAAUCUACAAGUUCCUGGGUCAACAUGAUGGAAAAAUCAGAGCGCGAGACUGCGGAAGUCAAAACAUAUAAAAAGAAAUUGAAAUAUUCUGGCAGCUCAGAUGGAAACGAAAUUGAAGAUGAUGAGGUUGUCUUAACUCGUCGACAAAAGCAAAUCGAUUACGGAAAAAAUACCAUCGCGUAUGACACCUACAUCCAAGAAGUUCCGAUGGCGUUACGUACUCGAGAUCAUCCAAAAACUCCAAACAAAUUUGUGAAAUGUAGCAGAAGAUCUUGGGAUUCCCAGAUCAAAUCUGGCGGAAGGCUUUACACGAUUUCGAAGGUUUCGCUACUGAACGACAGAAAAAGAGAAAAAUGAAAAAGGAGGGAAGGAAUGAAAAUAUGCUGGAAGAUGAAAAGAUUGAACCGGAAGAAAAUUCUGAAAAACUUAACAAUGUCGCUACAAGUUUAACUAACGAAGCGAUAGCGGCCGCUUGCGAAAGCGACGUCAUAGAACUUGGCACUGGACCUUUAGAACUUUGAUCUGAAUUUUAUUUAAAAACGAUUUAUUAUGUUUCAGUUGUUAUACGAAUCCAUUUUUUACUCACUAUUCACGCUAUUUUUGCCCAGAACAA